AUGCUGGCAAGCCAGCGCGUGGCUGGAUCUGCAGUGACUCUGCCAAUUACGGCUUCUGCUGAUGAGCAGCCCCAAGCGAAGCCGACUGGGGCCGCAAGGCUUUCGCAGGAAUUGCAACCGCGUUGCUUAGCAAAAGUGCGCAUUGCGCCAGUUCAGAAGCCCAUCCAACUUUCGCAAGGCUUGACAUCCGCGCAAGCCUUUUCAUGUCUGCAACAGGUGAAUUCGGGGUGGUUUAUCAUCUGGUCCAGCGGCAUGCGCGUAGACGUGCACUUCAAUCUUCCCAGACCAGGUCAGCGCCGAUGA